AUCAUUUUAUUAAAUACAAUUAAAUACUUAAACAUAAAGAAAAAUACAGUAUUAAAAUAUUCCGAGAACAAGAAUAAAUAAUUAAAAAUGUUCGAGCCUAUUACAGAAUUCAUUUCGUACUGGUAUUUCAGAUAUUUGCUAGUAACAGAACUAUACAUGGUCGAAAAAUGGGAAAGAGUCAGUAUUCAUAUCUUCUUCGUGAUUGUGUUUGCUGCUCUAUCAUACUUCAAUAAUAAUGUUUUUGUGCCGAUGAGUUCCAAGAUGUUCAAUUUUGCACCAGACUUAGCUGAUUUGAUUCCUGUUGCUAGUUGA